CAAAUCACGCCGGCCCCACAAGACCCAAGCUGCAAAACUAUCCAGCCACCAUUCACCCCUCCGCACUCCGCCUCCGCCGCCUCCCUGCCCUCAACUCCACGCCCGGCAGGGUGGCCGCUCGCCGGCAGCCAAACCCUAGGCGAUCGCGGAGGCCAACCACGCUUCGGGCGCGAUCAGCCGCCGCCAUGCAGGGCUUCCCCGGCGGCGCCCCCGAUCCGCAGCAGCUACAGGCCACCAUGCUCGCCAUCGAGCAGGCCUGCUCCCUCAUCCAGCUGCACAUGAAUCCAUCUGAAGCGGAAAAAGUGAUAACUUCGCUGCAUUCGUCUCUCAUGCCUUAUCAAGUAUGCAGAUUCAUUCUUGAGACAUCCCAAAAACCAAAUGCAAGAUUCCAAGCUGCUGGUGCAAUUGGUGAUGCUGCGGUAAGGGAGUGGGGAGUUCUUACAGAUGACAAUAAAAGGAGCCUAAUAAUAUAUUGUUUAAACUAUGUUAUGGAGCAUGCAAGUUCUCCUGAUGGCUAUGUGCAAUCGAAAGUUUCCGCUGUGGCAGCUAGAUUACUGAAAAGAGGCUGGGUUGAGUUUUCGGACCAAGAAAAAGCAGCUAUCUUCUUUGAGGUUGAGCAAUCUAUCCGGGGCAUCCAUGGGCCUAAUCGACAGUUUGCUGCAAUCAAUUUCUUGGAAACCUUGGUUUCAGAAUUCUCCCCUUCAACUGCUUCUGCUAUGAGCCUGCCUAAGGAAUUUCACGAACAAUGUGAAUACUCACUCGAAGUGCAGUUUUUGAAGGAUUUUUACUGCUGGGCACAAGCUGCUGUGUUCAAUACUGCUGACAAAAUCUUGAAUUCAACUGUAACAAUACCGGACGAAAGAGCAUGUUCAGCAGCAUUGCGCCUGAUGUUUCAGAUACUAAGUUGGAAUUUCAAACAUACUGUGGAGCACGAGAGUUCAGAUGCUAAGAUAAAUUUCGGCUUAAGGAUUGAUACGAUAAAUCUGAAGAAGUUUGAACGUUCGUUGGUGAAGCCAGGGUCUAUGUGGAGAGAGAUUCUAAUAUCAAGUGGACACCCUACCUGGGUUUUAAACUUCUAUACCACCUUGCGCCAAAAGUACUCAUAUGAUACACUGUGGGGUGAUUCUCCAAUUGCUGUCUCUUGCAGACAGCUUAUAGUGCAGUUAUGCUCCUUGGCAGGCUCUGUGUUUCCUAAUGAUAAUGGGGAUGCACAGAUUAAACACCUUAUGCUGAUAUUAUCUGCUGUUGUUCUAUGGAUUGAACCUCCUGAUGUAAUCACAGCAUCAAUCCGAAAUGGGGGAAGUGAAAGUGAGUUCAUAGAUGGUUGCCAUGCCUUGCUUUCAAUCGCAUCUUUAACUACUGGCUCACUUUUUGACAACCUCCUAAAAUCUAUAAGGCCCUAUGGUACAGUUAAUCUGCUUUCUGCUUUGACGUCAGAAGCUGUCAAGUCGGUUCUGAAUAACCAGAGUGAAGAGGAAACCUGGGGCAUAGAUUCCCUUGAUAUUUUGUUAGAAACAUGGAAUGUUCUUUUGGGGGACGUAGAUGCCGAUAAAAAUCCAAUCUCAACCGAUGGAGCACUUGCAUCUUCAAGUUUGUUUAAGAUGAUUGUGGAGUCACACUUGAAGGCUGCUGCUGAUUCUGCGUUCGAGGAUACUGAUGAUACUGAAUAUUUUCAUGUUUCUGUUUCAAAACGUGAUGAACAGUUAGCCUUGUAUGCUCUAAUAGCACGGGCUUCUGCAAAUACUACUAUUCCAUUUCUUGCACAGUUGUUUUCAGAACGAUUUGCCCGGCUAAAUCAGAGAAAUGGUGAAAGUGAUCCUACUCAAACACUGGAAGAGCUCUAUUGGCUGUUGUUGGUUACUAGUCAUGUCCUAACUGACUCUGGCGAAGGAGAAACACUACUUAUCCCUGAAGCAUUACAGGCUGGAUUCCCUAAUGUGAUUGAAGCAGCACAUCAUCCUGUUGUUACACUCUCCUGGUCUAUAAUAAAUUUUUCCAGGCAGUGUUUAGAUCCAGGAAUUAGGGCAAAAUACUUCAGUCCACGACUAAUGGAGGCUGUGAUCUGGUUCUUGGCCAGAUGGGUUGCAACCUAUUUAGUGCCACUUGACGUGAGUAGAGGAAAAGUAAGCAGAGAAAUUGAUAAUGUGGGUACAAAUGGAUCCCAACAUUCCAGAAAACUGCUAAACAGUUUUGCUUGGGAAAAUAACCAAGGAGAGCUUGUUCUUGAUUUUGUUGUUCUCAUUUCAAUGUUAGCUCUUACUACCUAUCAGGGAGAAAAUGAGUUGCAGACACUGACAUGCCAGAAGCUACUUGCUACAGUCGUUCGCCGGAAACACACAUGCACUUAUCUUGUUCAACUGGAUUCAUGGCGUGAUCUUACAAGAGCUUUUGCAAGUGGACGGUCUUUGCUUUCAUUGAGUGGACGUUUACAAAGGUCUCUAGCAGAAACACUUGCCUCUGCAGCUUCCUGCAUCAAAGAUCCUGAAGCAUCUGCACAGUACCUGAGGGAUCUCAUGGGACCAGUGGCAGGGUGCCUGGUAGAAAAUGCUAGCAGGAGUGAUCUAAAAUCUGUGGCACAGCAAGCAGAUGUUAUUUACAUGGUCUGUUGCCUAUUGGAACGACUAAGAGGCGCUGCUAGAGCUACUCAACCCCGAACUCAAAAAGUUCUAUUUGAGAUGGCUCAUACUGUGAUGAACCCACUUUUGACUCUUCUGGAGGUCUACAAAAAUCAUUCCACAGUCGUAUACAUGAUACUCAAGUUUGUGGUGGACUUUGUUGAUGGUCAAGCUGUAUUCCUGGAUGCUAAAGAGACAUCAGCUUUGGUGAGCUUUUGCUUGCAACUACUCCAGAUAUACUCCUCUCAUAACAUUGGGAAGGUAAUGCUCUCUCUUUCUUCAAGUCUGCGUAAUGAGUCACAAGCAGAAAAAUAUAAGGAUCUGCGAGCUUUGCUUCGUCUUCUGACAAAUAUAUGUUCGAAGGAUUUGGUUGGCUUUCUGUCUGAUUGUGGCGGUGAAGGUUCACCUGAUAUCGCAGAGGUUAUCUACAUUGGUCUUGAUAUUGUGACCCCCUUGAUAUCUUUGGAUCUUCUGAAAUACCCUAAACUUAGUCGUGAUUAUUUUGUGCUUAUAUCGCACUUGUUGGAACUGUACCCGGAAAAGGUUGCUCACUUAAAUAGUGAUGCUUUUACAAGGAUUAUUGGAAGUCUUGACUUCGGGCUCCGUAAUCAGGCAUGUGCACUUCCUUUAUCUGCAUUUACUCUGUUUAUUUUGUGUCAUAAGUUGUUUUUUUGGUUAGCACCAGUAAGUUUGGGGAUCAAUAUGCAGGAUAGCGAUGUUGUUGAGAGGUGCCUGGCAGCAGUAAAUGCUCUUGCUUCAUACAAUUUCAAAGAAAGAUUAGGAGGGAGAGGAAGACUGAACUCGCAGCUCAUGGAAUCUGAAGGAUCUAAUGGCAAACUGCAGGAAAGCAUAUCAAGUCACUUCUUGAGACUUCUGUUGCAAAUACUUCUUUUUGAAGAUUUCAGAUCGGAGUUAGCAGGUUAUGCUGCCGAUGCUUUGCUUCCUUUAUUGUUCUGUGAACAGGAGCUAUAUCAGAGGUUGGUCCAUGAGUUGUUGGAUAAACAGCAGAAUCCGACCGUAAAAUCAAGGCUGGCAACUGCGUUCCAUAACCUUACAAGUUCAAACAAUCUCUCAAGCUCACUCGACCGGCCAAACAGGCAGAGAUUCAGGAAAAACCUCCUUAGCUUCAUGGCGGAUGUAUCGGGCUUCAUGCAGAUCAAGUAGAUGCGAUGGCAGGGAACAGGUGAUGUUUGACCGGUCAAUUAAACCCCGAGGAAGCACUGCACCACUGUGGUAGGGGUGCAUGUGGGCACCACAUGUCUGUGGAUUGAUGAGAGCGAAGACUGCCACGACAAGUCUAGUAGAUCUUGAAGAGCUAGUGUCACCAGAAAAGACAGGGAGAUGAGCUAGUCUUAGGGUUGGCAUUCAUAGCGCAUUUGCUGGACAAGAUGGAGGCGUCCCUGGCCACGAGAUCGUCGUGUAAAUGCGUUUGUUAGACGCACAGAAACGGUGGGGAUUUUGUGGUGGCGACUCGUUUUGUUCAAUUCCCACAGGCAGAAGGUAGAGAUGUUAAGUUGAUGUAAAUACCGUUUGAUUUAAACAUGCCUUAUUCGUAGGAGAAAGCGACACGGCUUGCUGUAACUUAGGGUUUAUUACUCUUUCUCGUGGCAUAGGAUCCCCAAAGAAGUCUUUGCUGGGGUAUUUGCAGCCAAACGAUGACCAGUAUGAUUGCGAGAGGUUUUCAAUCUUUUGUACCAAAUUUGGCCUGCA